AUGACUUCUGAUCCUUCUCUACUCUCAUGGAAUGGCGUUCGCCUGUUCCUCAUUUGCUCACUACUCACUGCGAUGACUAAUUUUCCUUCAGGAUUCUCUCACACAUCCGUUAACACCGCCGUUCACAAACUCAAUGAAUACCUGAAUAGUUCAUUCACGGAACGGUACCGACCAUUAGAUCAUGAAGAAGUGUCUCUUCUCAAAUCUGGAAUCAACUCAGCCUGGUAUCUUUUCCAAGUCAUCGGCGCAAUGUGCAGUCCUUUCCUCUGUGACACCUACGGCAGAAAAGUUGCAUUUGCUCUUUCAAUCGCAUUCAUGACUCUCGCUGGCGCGAUGCAGAUGAUCGCUAGUUUCACACCAUAUUCAGAAGUUUUGAUUACCGGAAGACUGAUCGCUGCUGUAUUCUCUCCGCUUAGUGAUGCAGCAUUGAUUCUCUAUCUUCAGGAAAUCUCUCCAGCUUCCCUCCGUGGAACGAUGUCAUCUCUCUACUCCACUGGAUACUCUACAAUGUGUUUGCUCGGAAUGUUGCUCGGACACGAAGGUCUUCUUGGACAUUCACUUUCGGUGCUUCUUUUUGUUCCGGUCAUCCCUGGAAUUCUGUCUACGGCGUUUAUCCUUUGGAUGCCUGACACCCCAAAGUUCUUACUUUUGGUGAAAAAAGACAAGGUGGCUGCACUGAAAUCACUAAGGUUCUUCCAAGGAUUCCUGCCUGAUCAAGCUCUACUUAUCGAUUCGAUGGAACAACACCAAAAAGAAGAAUUGGCUGCUAACAAUAAAAACAAUAUUGAAGAUAAAGAACCAGCAACUUCAGUGAUGCACAUUCUGACGACCCCACAUCUUAGGAAGGCAAUGUUGUUGUCCGUUGCUGCAGCAGUUUUAACACUUCCUUUCUAUCCGAUCCUUCAGAGCAGCACAUUCUUCUUCACUGAUAUGGGCGUAGAUAUGAGAACAUCUCAAAUGGCCUCAAGUUUGAUGAUGGUGGUGCUCACGGUCUCUUCUAUCUGCUCUACCUUGAUCAUCGACAAAGUUCCUCGCAGAGUUCUUCUCCUCACAUGCGGAUCAUGCACGGUUCUUUUUCUGACUGUCUUCGCUGUAGCAGAGCAAAUGCACCAACAAUCGAUCGCUAUGGGAGCAUGUUUCGGAUUCGUCAUGGCCUAUGGAAUCGGAGUCGGCCCCGUUAUCUGGUCUAUCCCACCAGAGUUGUCUCCACUGGCCAACAGAUCAAUGAUGUUCUGCUUCGUUUACUCGAUUCAUAGCUGUCUCGUAGUUGUGACCAAUUUCUCAACUAUUCCACUCUUCAUGAACAUCGGCGCCUUCUCGUUUGUGGUCUUGUUCGCCAUUCCAUCAGCUCUGGCAUUGGUCUACUUGCUGACCUGUCUCCCAGAGACCAGCGGACGCGAGAUUCAUGUCAUCAUCAACGAACUCAAAGGGUUCAUCGAGGACAAAGAACCAUCUGCAGAUAUUAUUUCUGCUGUUGCCUAA